AUCCUCACCUUCGUUCUCGUUACCAAAAGCGCAGACCGCCGACGCCUCCUGUGAUGAGCCGGCGAUUGAGGACCUUCAAGCGAUGGAUGAGAUCCCACGGCAUCGAUUGCAGCGACGCCCUGAAGCUCGACGACGCCGGCAGCGAAAGCGGCGAUGGAAUCUCGGUGAGGGCCGUCUGCGACCUGACGGAAGGGGACCUCGUGGCCACCAUCCCGAAGAGCGCGUGCCUUACCAUCCGGACCUCCGCCGCGCGCGACAUGAUCGAGAGCGCCGGUUUGGCGGGAUGUCUUGGCCUGGUCGUGGCUCUCAUGUACGAGAGGAGCCGCGGACCCGCGUCGCCGUGGCAGGGGUACCUCCAGCUCUUGCCGGAGAGGGAGUGCGUGCCUCUCGUCUGGACCUGGCGGGAAGUCGACACGUUUCUCUGCGGAACGGAGCUCCACAAGGCAGUGAAGCAAGACAAGACGAUCUUAUGUGAGGAUUGGAGAGAAUGUAUUGAACCCCUAAUUCUAUCUGGUGAAUGGAAGCUUGACCAAGAUAAUUUUGGUGUUGAGCAAUAUUUUUCUGCCAAGAGUCUGGUUUCAUCAAGAUCUUUUGAAAUAGAUGAUUAUCACGGAUAUGGAAUGGUACCUUUAGCUGAUCUCUUCAAUCACAAGACAGGAGCUGAGAAUGUCCAUUUGACCUCUGUAUGUUCCCCUUCUAGCUCAGAUGAUGAAGGAGAUGAUCAUGCCAGUGAUGAGGCUAGUGAUGAUAAAUUAUUAAUUGACGAAUCCAAUACUAGCUCUUCAGGAGAAGAUAAUACUGCUCUAGAAAUGAUUAUCGUGAGAAAUGUUGAGGCAGGAUUUGAGGUUUUCAACACGUAUGGAUCUAUGGGCAAUGCUGCCCUGCUUCACAGAUAUGGGUUCACUGAAGCUGACAACCCAUUUGACAUUGUUAACAUUGACCUGGCCUUGUUAGUUAGAUGGUGCUCAUCCACAUUCUCCAAUCGUUAUGCCAGAGCAAGAAUUUCUUUGUGGAGAAGGCUAAAUUAUUCAGGAUGCACUAGCCAGCAUACUGAGUACUUUGAAAUAUCUUAUGAUGGGGAACCACAACUGGAGCUUCUUGUCCUUCUUUAUAUCAUCUUUUUGGCAGAUGAUGCUUAUGAGAAGCUGACCUACAUGGUUGAUGCAUUUGAGGGCCCAGAUGAAUCUACAAAUAUUGUGAACUUAAUCAAGAUCACGAGAAAUAAAUUCCGCAAAGUAAAGGGUCAUAAGAAACCGGAAGACAUCAAAGAACUGUUGGUGUCGGAGAAUGUAUGUUCUGCCUUAAUAUCACUUGCUGAUUUGAGGGAAAGCCUCUAUGGCACAAGCUCCCUGGAUGAGGACAUGAACAUGUUGAAAAGAUGUUGUCCAGUUAAAGACAGGAAGCUGUACCAUUCUCUGAUACUGCGAACGAGUGAAAGGAUGAUACUUGCAAGGCUAAGAGAUUAUGCUUUAAAACGAUCAACUGGGAAGAAGGCAUAAUAGUAUAGAGAACUCAUUAAUUUUCAUGUAUUGGAGUAUCCCAUUCAUGUGAUUUAUUAAUGUCUACUGGUAGAUAGAAAACUAUUUAUCUUUUGUUUUGUAUU